CCCGCCCAUACGCACGCCCCUCCCACAGUUGGUGCCCUACGCCUCGGUCUGAAACGUGCACCUGGGUAAAGUGAAGCUGGGGACAUGGCGAACAAGGUCAUCAAGUGCAAGGCUGCAGUGGCCUGGGAGGCUGGAAAGCCUCUCUCCAUAGAGGAGAUAGAGGUAGCACCUCCAAAGGCGCAUGAAGUUCGAAUUAAGAUUAUUGCUACUGCGGUUUGCCACACUGAUGCCUAUACCCUGAGCGGAGCUGAUCCUGAGGGGCGUUUCCCAGUGAUCCUGGGACAUGAAGGUGCUGGAAUUGUGGAAAGUGUUGGUGAAGGGGUUACCAAUCUGAAGGCAGGUGAUACUGUCAUCCCACUCUACAUCCCCCAGUGUGGAGAGUGCAAAUUUUGUCUAAAUCCUAAAACAAACCUUUGCCAGAAGAUAAGAGUCACUCAAGGAAAAGGACUAAUGCCAGAUGGUACUAGCAGAUUUUCUUGCAAAGGAAAGACAAUUUUGCACUUCAUGGGAACCAGCACAUUUUCUGAGUAUACAGUUGUGGCUGACAUCUCUGUUGCUAAAAUUGAUCCUUCAGCACCCUUGGAUAAAGUCUGCCUUCUUGGCUGUGGAGUUUCUACUGGCUAUGGUGCAGCUCUCAACACUGCCAAGGUGGAGCCUGGCUCUACUUGUGCCGUCUUUGGCCUGGGAGGAGUUGGAUUGGCAGUUAUCAUGGGCUGUAAAGUGGCAGGUGCAUCCCGGAUCAUUGCCGUGGACAUCAAUAAAGAUAAGUUUGCGAAGGCCAAAGAAUUUGGAGCCUCUGAAUGUAUUAAUCCCCAGGAUUUCAGUAAACCCAUCCAGGAAGUGCUCAUAGAGAUGACUGACGGGGGAGUGGACUAUUCCUUCGAGUGUAUCGGCAAUGUCAAGGUUAUGAGAGCAGCCCUUGAGGCGGCCCACAAAGGCUGGGGAGUCAGCGUGGUGGUUGGUGUAGCUGCGUCAGGUGAAGAAAUCUCCACUCGUCCAUUCCAGCUGGUGACAGGACGCACGUGGAAAGGCACUGCCUUUGGAGAGAUUGUAUAAUUAUGUGUCUCUAAUCAAGGACAAGGCUAUCAUGUCUGUUUUCUGAGCCUUCCACAUAAACGAUUCCUGUUCACUAACGGAUAUUUUAAAACAAUAAAAACAAUUUCUGCCUUUGUAA